CAAAACAUUUCGUCCCAACUAAUAACAUGUUUUCUGUGGAAGCCAUGGCCAUAACAUAACCACCACUUGAAAGAACCCGUCCCAGUGAAAACAAAACAACAAUAACAAACACAGACCCCAGCUUUGGUUCGGUGACCAUGGAGAGCACCGACUCCUCCACCGGUUCACAACAGCAGCCGCAAUUGCCACCUGGCUUCCGGUUCCACCCCACCGACGAGGAGCUCGUGGUCCACUACCUCAAGAAAAAAGCAGCUUCGGUUCCUCUUCCCGUCGCCAUAAUCGCCGAGGUCGAUCUCUACAAGUUCGAUCCAUGGGAGCUACCCGCUAAGGCCACGUUUGGGGAGCAGGAGUGGUACUUCUUCAGUCCGAGGGACAGGAAGUAUCCGAACGGAGCGAGGCCAAACAGGGCGGCCACAUCUGGGUAUUGGAAAGCCACUGGGACUGAUAAGCCUGUGUUAACCUCUGGGGGAACCCAGAAGGUUGGAGUGAAAAAGGCUUUGGUUUUCUAUGGAGGGAAGCCCCCAAGAGGAAUCAAAACUAAUUGGAUCAUGCAUGAGUAUAGGCUCGCUGAUAACAAGCCUAACAAUAGGCCUCCUGGAUGUGACUUGGGCAACAAGAAAAACUCUCUAAGGCUUGAUGAUUGGGUGCUGUGCCGAAUCUACAAGAAGAGCAACACGCACAGGUCUCCGAUGGAGCAUGACAGGGAAGAUUCAAUGGAAGAGAUGAUCGGAGGGAUUCCUCCGUCGAUCAACGUGGGGCACAUGAGUGGGAGGUAUCAUCAUCAUCAUCAUCAUCAUCAUAACCAUCUUUCAAAGAUGUCGACAGGCUACAGCAGUGCAUUGCUGGAAAAUGACCAGAACCUGUUGGAAGGGAUGAUGAUAGGGAACGGAUCAGUGAUGAACACAAGCACUACUGCCAUGGGGGCUUCAAACUCCAACAAGGCAGAGCUUUCUUUUGUGCCAACCAUGACUCACUCUUCCAACACUUGCAAAAGAACACUGUCGUCGCUGUAUUGGAACGAUGAGGAUGUGGGUGGAACCUCAUCAUCGAACAAGAGGUUCAAUUUGGAAAGUGGGGACAACAAUAAUAAUCAUGGAAGUGUUGUGAGAACUGAUCAAGAUAAUGGCACCGCCACCUCAAUCGUGACUCUGCUUAACCAGCUCCCUCAGACCCCUUCAUUGCACCAGCAAUCCAUGUUGGGAUCCAUAGGCGAUGGACUACUUCGGACAACAACAUAUCAAAUACCAGGAAUGAAUUGGUAUGCUUAGAACAAUAUAUCUUUCAGGUUUAUUUAAAAUUAUUGAUGAAAAAGAUGAAGAAGGAGAUGUUGAAUUAGUAUAAGAAGAAUAUGAUGAUGUGAUGAUCCUCAGCUGCUGGAACCUUACACUAUAUACACUCUCUUAGAUUGUAAAGAUUAUUGAGAUUUUGGUUGUUAGGAAGAUGGAAGCAGUUGUUAGAGUCUGAUGAAUUAGAUGGGCCUCAUGGAGUGAACUUCUUCAACCAUUGGAGGUAGCUGCAGCCAAUAACAACGCUACUAAAGGUGAGGCCAUGGGAUAUUUUUAGCUAAAAUUAAAUAUAGCUUUAUACGGUUAUAUAGAUAUCUGCUUGUUUUAUUGGUAUGUAAAUAAAAAUGGUGGUGUGCUCUUGAUGUACAAAUAUUCAAAAGAGAAGAAAGAUUUCAAUUCAGCUGUUAUAUGAUUUAGGAUACAAAUUAAUGAGCUUUGUGUAGAUCAUAAACUUUACAACACGAUCUAUAUAUAUUCAUAUAUGUGAAUAUGUGAAUUAAGAAAACAAACUAGUGUUUGUGAAUGUAUUAUUCUGUAUUGUUGUUAAGAGCUUGAUAUAUACAUAAAUAUUGAUCUGA